CGUGACCAGGGCGCACAGAGAGGGUACUGAGGAGCUGACCCGCAGACCUGGACGUGGGCCAACUGUUCCUGGAGUCUUGGGCAUUGCGGUUCUCGACCCCGUCGAACACCUCAGUUUCCAACCCCGGGGAUGUGUCCUACUGUUUGGACGGUCACCUGAUCCCUAACCGUCUGGAAGGUUAGGGGUCUCAAGCUCUCCUUUCUGUCCUCCGGGAGCGCGAGAGGGUGGGAGCAGGCGUGGGUCUUGCUGGCCCACUGAGCGCCUAAAGCAGUUCAGCUCCGCGCUCCUCCUCCGAUGGCUCGCUCUUUCCCCUCCUAUGUGUCCCUAAUGCCCAGGACUCCCUAGCAGUGACCCAAUCUUGCUGGGAUAGGGUGAGGUGCGUAGGCACCCUGCCUCGAGGGCUUUUCUUCCGCAGCUCACAAUUGUUCACUUUGACCCCUGCGAGCGCCGGUCACUGCCUUGUCCUGCUUCCGGCUCCCCAGCGACCACCUUCCCACUUCAGACCCACGCAGUUCACCUCUUGGCUCUGGCACCCUCCUCCGAGGAUCGACCAGGAAUAUUUUGCUGUCCUGUCUUGGAGACAUAGUAGGGGGAAUCUGAGCUCACUGUGGCAGCCUGAGGAGGGGUGUACACACCCCCAAGGACCAAGACGUUCAGCCCCCGCCAGAUGUGGGGGGUGGCCACCCGGAGGAAUGCCUCUCAGGCAGCCCCACAGUCCCCACCUGCUGCUGCUGCUGCUGCUGCUGUGCCUGCCAAGGGCACCCUCUGCCCAGGUAAUGGACUUCUUGUUUGAGAAAUGGAAGCUGUAUGGUGACCAGUGCCACCACAACCUGAGCCUGCUGCCUCCACCUACCGAGCUAGUCUGUAACAGAACCUUUGACAAGUACUCCUGCUGGCCUGACACCCCUCCCAACACCACAGCCAACAUCUCCUGCCCCUGGUACCUGCCUUGGUACCACAAAGUGCAGCACCGCCUGGUGUUCAAGAGGUGUGGGCCUGACGGGCAGUGGGUGCGAGGGCCACAGGGGCAGCCAUGGCGCGACGCCUCCCAGUGUCAGAUGGAUGAUGAAGAGAUCGAGGUCCAGAAGGAGGUGGCCAAGAUGUACAGCAGCUACCAGGUGAUGUACACUGUGGGCUACAGUCUGUCCCUGGGGGCCCUGCUCCUUGCCCUGGUCAUCCUGCUGGGCGUCAGGAAGCUGCACUGCACCCGAAACUGUAUCCACGGGAACCUGUUUGCAUCCUUUGUGCUCAAGGCUGGCUCUGUGCUGGUCAUUGAUUGGCUGCUCAAGACACGCUACAGCCAGAAGAUUGGAGAUGACCUAAGCGUGAGCGUCUGGCUCAGCGAUGGGGCAGUGGCUGGCUGUCGAGUGGCCACAGUGAUCAUGCAGUACGGCAUCAUAGCCAACUAUUGCUGGUUGCUGGUAGAGGGUGUGUACCUGUACAGCCUGCUGAGCCUUGCCACCUUCCCAGAGAAGAGCUUCUUUUCCCUGUACCUGGGCAUUGGCUGGGGGGCGCCUCUGCUGUUUGUCAUCCCCUGGGUGGUGGUCAAGUGUCUGUUUGAGAAUGUCCAGUGCUGGACCAGCAAUGAUAACAUGGGCUUCUGGUGGAUCUUGCGCUUCCCUGUCUUCCUGGCCAUACUGGUCAAUUUUUUCAUCUUUGUCCGCAUUAUUCACCUUCUUGUGGCCAAGCUGCGUGCCCAUCAAAUGCACUAUGCUGACUACAAGUUCCGGCUAGCCAGGUCCACGCUGACUCUCAUCCCUCUGCUGGGGGUCCAUGAGGUGGUCUUUGCUUUUGUGACUGAUGAGCAUGCCCAGGGCACCCUGCGCUCCACCAAGCUCUUUUUCGACCUCUUCCUCAGCUCCUUCCAGGGUCUGCUGGUGGCUGUUCUCUACUGUUUCCUUAACAAGGAGGUGCAGGCAGAGCUGCUGCGGCGUUGGAGGCGGUGGCGGGAGGGCAAAGCCCUGAAGGAUGAACAGAUGGCGAUCAGCCAUGGCAGCCACAUGGCCCCUGCAGGGUCGAGUCGUCGGGAUGAUCCCGGGGAGAAACUUCAGCUUGUGAGUGCAGGCAGCAGCAACGGGACUGGCCAUUGUGAACCCUCUGUGGAGAUCUCCUUUGUCAGUAGUUUCUCAGGGUUGGCUCACAGCCACAUCUGAAUCUCCAUUGGAGCCCAGCCAGGCUGGAUUCAGAUUACAGGACAACUCAGGACCAGACAGAUACCUGGCCAAGGCUGGGGAGACAAUGCAGCCAGACAACAGCUUGCACUGUCCACACUCCCCAAACCUGCCCCGACCCUGGUACAGGCCACACUGAAGGAGAGGGGGUUGAAUAUGAUGGAGAAGUUGUGUUAUAGACUCUGGGCGUCCCCAUGUGCAUUGACAUGUCCCAUGUGCUCAGAUAUAUGUCCUUCAAUAAAGAGCUCAAGUAGUA